AUGCACGAGAUGGGACCUAUACACUUUGGUCGAGUUAGCCUCGUUGUCUCGACAAGAGUGGAGCAAACAAAGUUGUCAGGUUGCUUGAAAAAUCAGACAUCCAAGGAAGAAUUAAACCCUCAUGCGUCCCAGAAAGGCUCUAACGGGACUCGAGUGGAAACUGCGAAUAGUGAUGGAAAAUUUCAUCAUGAAAAGGGAGGGGCAACGAGUGCUGCCAAGGCGAUAUAA